AUGUUGGUAACAUUUCUAAGUUUUUCGCUUAGGGGAAAGGCACCUAAGAGUGCGCAUCCCCUAAGAGUACGCAUUGCUAUUUUCUUACAGUUGGCAACAUUGAAAAAAAAGUGUAUAGCCUCAGAUUGUUCGUUACUGUGUGACAAACGAGUGGCGUGAAACUUGCAGCUGCACAAGAUUAUUUGUAGAUUUGAAAGGUGAGAGUUCAUUUGUUGUUGUUUUCAUGUAAUAUUUUUAUCGGGUAACUUAAGCUAUAGCAAGUAGGUAAACAGAGAUGCGUUCAUUAUCUUUAUAUUACGUAGCAGCUUUGGUUUUCAGCAUUCGUGUCGAUAAAGCCAUAUUAGCUUUUACGGUAUGUGCUGCUAUCUGUCGACUCUUUUAGAUACUUCGUGUUCAUUCCCUAAGAGUGCGCACAAAGUUUGUCCACAAGAGUGCGCGCGCACUCUUUGGAGCACCUUGCGUACUCUUUGGGACAAGUUUAUAUUAAUGCAAAAAUGAACAAUUUUAAUCAAAUAGGCCUAUAUUUGUUUCAGAAUGUCAUCUUCUUAUAAGAGAAAAUCGGAAAGAAAGUUAAUAUUUUCAGAAGAAAUCUUAAAUGAAGCAAGAAACAGAAUACUAAAUGGGGAAAGUCAACGAAAAGUUGCAAAGGAUCUGGGCACAAAGGAAUCUACGCUAAGGAAACGCCUAAAAGCAGGAUCCAUACCAGUGUCACUAGGAAGAUUGAAACGAGUUUUUACACCGGCUCAAGAGCAAGAACUAGCAGACCACAUAAGGGAUUUGGACAGCCGAUUCUAUGGCAUAGGGAGAAAGCAACUGAUGAGUUUGGCUUUUGAGUAUGCGACUCUAAACAAUAUUCCACACAGGUUCAACAAUGUGACAAAGGCAGCAGGGCGACACUGGGUGCAAGAUUUCUGCAAGAGGCAGAAUUUGUCCCUUCGAGCACCCGAAAAAUGCAGUCUUGGCCGUGCCAUUGGAUUUAACAGAGUACAGUGUCAGCGGUUUUUCCAUAACUUGAAACAAGUGUCAGAUGAAAAGAAAUUUCAUGCUCAUCGUAUAUUCAAUAUGGAUGAAAGUGGAAUCUCGUGUGUCCCAAACAAAGUUCCCAAAGUACUUUCUCCCAAAGGCAAACGUUCAGUCAGCAAAGUGUUUUCAGCAGAGAGAGGACAAACUGUGACAGUAGUUUGUUGCAUGAAUCCUGUUGGUUUCUAUGUGCCCCCUGCGAUUAUUUUCGCCAGGAAAAGAAUGAAACAAGAGUUAUUUAAAGAUGCUCCUGAAGGUUCUUUGCACAUGAUAUCUGAUAGUGGCUUCAUUAAUUCCGAUCUGUUUUUGGUCUGGCUUAAACAUUUCAAGACCUAUGUCAAACCAUCUGAGGAUGACCCAGUACUCCUAAUUCUAGAUAAUCACUCAUCCCACUAUUCUCUUGAGGCUGUUCUUUUUUGCCGAGAGCACAAUAUCACACUUCUUUCACUCCCUCCCCAUGCUACACACAAACUGCAACCUCUCGAUCGAGGAUUCUUCGGCCCUCUGAAAUCAAUGUUUGCUAUUGAAGCGGAGAAAUGGAUGCACAACCACCCCGGCCAUGCAAUUUCCAAUUCUGACAUUUGUUUUUUGUUCCGCAAUUCAUAUGAGAAGGUUGCCACCAUGGAGAAAGCAAAGAAUUCAUUUCGUGCAACAGGAAUUUAUCCUUAUAACCCUGAUGUGUUCAGCGACGAGGAUUUCAUGGACAGUGGCAACGAGGUGGUUCCUGUUGCUCCAGAUACUUCUGUACAAACUGUGAAAAACCCCAUCAUGCCUUCUAGCUUUGACAAAUCCCCAUCAACUAUUGAAAAUCUUCAAGUUGAUAUGGAAUGUUUGGUGUCUAGUGAGAAUAAUGAAACAAUGCUGGACCAAAUACCGUCGACCAGUAAUAUUAUCCAUGUAGCUGGAUUGGAGUUUUCUAACGCUGAUGAGAAUGAUAUGCCGAUCGAUAGUGGUGUCGAGUUGUCGACUAGUGAAAUUAAUCUGGGUUGCCAAAUGCUAGCUGGUGUAUCAAGUGAGAAAAAUGUUAAGAAAAUUAACUCUUCCACCUGCAUUGUAAAUAAUAGUCCUAUGAAGGUAGAUCAGAGUGAGGGAAAGGGAAUCUCUCCAGCCAGCAUCGUACCUGUUCCCAAAGCAGACACAACAGUCAAGAGACAAAGGAAAGCCAGGCGAUCGGAAGUAAUGACAAGCUCGCCGUUUAAAAAUGCUCUUUUGCUGGAGAGUGAAAAGAAACGUUCACAAGAUUCACAGAAGUCAAAUAAGAAAGGAAAAUCAUCAGGUCCAUUGAAAAAGCGUAAAACUUCAAAGACAGUGGAAAGUGAUGUACUCUGUCCAGGAUGUGAUGAGAGAUAUACUGAACCAAUCUCAGAAGACUGGAUACAGUGUAUUAAAUGCCAACAGUGGUGGCAUGAGCAGUGUUCGUCAUUUGAAGGAUCUGUAACAUUUACUUGUGAUCUGUGUUAA